AGGGAGGAGUGGGAGAGCGGCGCGAGGAAGAAAAUGGCCGACAAGGCUACGGUAAAAGGGCAGGGACGUCGUGCGAGGUACGCGUUUCGAGAAGGAAAGAUGCGUGCGUCUCAGUGAAUUGCGCGAGAAGAAUCGUGCAGGAAGAAUCGGGAUAUUAAACGGAGCGUCGCGUGGUGCCGGUAGGUUUGUUCGAUCGACGAGACCUUAGUCGUGCCAGUUGGAUCGUUUUAAAAAAAAGCGUUCGCGGGCCGAUCAUAGGCAACACACGUAGAGAGAGUGAGAAGGGCUCGCCAGAGAGAUAGAUCCAGUAUUUAUUUGGACUAUCACUAUUAUUAUCUACAAUGGCAGUUAGGUAGUUGUAAAAAUUGACUAAGGACAUUCAAGAACUUCAAGCGUAUUUUUAUCAAAUUGAAGAUGUGAAGAGAACGCACAUGAUGAAGCCACAGAAGAAGGCUAUUGUUGCCCGAAAGGCAACUAAAAUGCCAACAGUAGCUAAAAAACGUCGCACUCUCUUGGAAAAGACCAUAUCAGAAGUAAGGAAGGAGAAGAAAUCUAAGAAACAGGAUAAAUCCGAAGAUCUGAAAAGAAAGUCAGACGGCGAGAAGAAAAAAUCAGAUAAAAUGGAAGAGAAAAAGAAGUAUGAAGAAAAGAAGAAAGUUGAAGAUAAGAAGAAGGACAAGUCAGAGAAAAUGGAUAAAAAGUGUAAUAAGGAUAAUGAAAAGAAAACUGAUAAAAUAAUCGAAGAGGAGAAAUUGGAUAGGGGAGAGGAAAAAGAAGAUACGGAAGAGUCACAGUGUGACAAUCAAGAUAAAAAAAAGGGACAAAAGUUAGAAGAGAGAACUAAAGUCGAAAAACAGUCUGCGGAUAAUAAAAAGAAAAUUGAAAAAUCGGAUGAUAGAAAAAAAUGUGGGAAAAUGGAUGAGGAAAGUGCGGAAGAUCAAGUGAAAUCUUUAAAUACCGUAGAGGAUAAGGAUGCGCUUGAAGACAAGACGGAUGUCCUAAGUUUGAGUUUGAAGAAGCGAGGGAAAGAGGAAAAGAAGAAGGAUAUAAAGCUGUCUAAAAUGGAUACGAAAGAAACAUCGAAGAACGUUCUGACGAAGGACAAGAAAUGUGAUCGUAAAAAAAUGUCAGACAAAGAUACUGCUGCCAGUCGAAGAAACUCUCCGACAAGAACAAAGAAGAACUCCAAGACCAAAUCAUCUCAAAAGAAAAGUAUUCCACGAAAAACGGUUUUAGCGAAAAAGCCUCACUUUACGGUAGUCAACAAGUUCGUAGAUAAAAAGAUAAAACUAGUCAAAUCUUUAAAGGUAGAAGAAACGAUUAACGAGGAGGAAGAGGAAGCUAAGAAAGCUAAGAAAAAAAAUACAUGCGCGUCAAAGGGUAAAGGUACGCAAGAGAAGAAGCCAAAAUUAAGUAAACAUAUGAAGGCCAAGUUGCCGCAGAAAAAUUCAAAGAUUUGUGGAGUGAUUAAGGCGGAAGAUAAGUUGAAAACGAUGGCUGAGAAAAUGAUUUUGAAGAAGAAAAUUGAGUUGAAAGCCAUAGAGAAAACAUUGAACGAAACUAAAAAAAUUUCUCAUAGCAAUGCGGUAAAUGACAGAGCACCCACGCCUGAAAUAAAAAAUGAAGUUUUAGAGGAGAAAGAAUUGGAAAAGAAUAAAGACGAAAGAGACCCAAGACCCAAAUCGCCAGACGAAAAGAAACCUAUGAAAGGUAACACAAAAAUUGGUAAAAAGGUUCCAAAAAAGAUAUCGAAAGGAAAGACACAAAACGAGAGCAACAAUCAAAGAUCUUCUUCUCCCAUGGAAUCCUCCAUGGGAGAAUCCGUUAAACAAUCUAAAGAAUGCGAGGAUGGUAUAAAAAAUGCGAUGGCUGGUACAAAAAAAGAAGAAGUUAAUAACGAAAGCGUUAUUCAAAUAGAUUUAAAAGUCGAGACUGUUAAUGGGGGUAGUACCAGUGGUGUGACCUCGGCAUCCGAAUCGGACGAGGAUUAUGACGAGGAUAUAAAUAAAAAAAGUAAGCAAAGGUAUACCAAGAAGAAGGAGAGAUCCAAUUCACCAUCCGAUGAACGUGCUAGGAGGAUAAGACUUUUUGGAUUCUGGAACGGACCAAAGCGACAUAGAGUGGCAUCAUUGAAUGCUUUGGCCAAGGUACAUUGCCUCUAUGAAAAUGAAACCGGGGGAGUGUAUCUUGGAGGCUUCUGUAAGCCUAAGCCGGAAAAAGAGAAGCAGAAAAAGAAUAAAGAGGAAAAGGAGGAAAGUCAAGUGCGUAAAGAAAAAGAAAAAAAGUCGAGUGAGAAGAAGUCGGAAGAACUUCCAACUCCAAAAAGAAAAUUGAGAAAUGUUCCAGGAUUAAGGGGGAAACAUUGGGACAUGUUGGAGAGUUCAUCGUCUUCUCCCUCUUCGGACGAGGACUAUGAGCGUGAGAAAAACAUUGAACGUUCUAAAAAGAAAGUAAUCAAGAGAAGAAAGAGAAACGAAGAGGUUAUGGAUUUGAAGGAUAUGGUUGUGUGUAAAAGGAUGGCCAGUCUUAAUGCGUCGGCAAUUUUGGCUGCAUCGUAUUCGGAUGAAAAGAAUCGUUGUGGAUCUAGUAGUGAUUCUUCGAGCGAAUCGGAAGUGGAAAUUAUCAAGAGACGCAGGCAACAUGAUUCGGAUGCAGAGAAAAAGAAAGGAAGGCAAGGCUCAGAUCCGGAUGAUGUUUUAAAGCCAUCCAAAAAAGUUGUAAUCGUUAAUCAAGAUACUGAUGUAACUAUAACAGGUGUUUACGUUAACCAAACACGGUCGACGCAUCACGAAGGUUUCUGCAGUAUCGCUGGUAUGCAAUACAGAAUAAGUUCGACCAGUCACACACAAACUGCAGCUACGGCGGUAGCUACUGAACUUCACGACCAGCAAAAGACAGAGCAACCAUGCAAAUCUUACACGCCGUUGGGUGCGUUAUCGUCUAUGCAACCACCGGGCAGUCAAGGAAAUCAUCCAAAUAUGUCACCGCGAAGGCAUUCGGCAUUUUCUGCGCCGCAUCAGCACGGGUAUUAUCAGCCGGCUGGACCACUGAUACAGCACCCGCCAACAUUACCCCCGGUUAAGGGCCCACCACCGGAACCAACUCCCACGCCUCCUCAAAACUCGGAAGGCUCGGACGAUUUGGUCGCGACAUCGACCACUUCCGGUGGCACGAGUAGUACAGGUGCAUUCAGAUAUUCCUAUACAGCGGAUAUUCCAGGUGGAGGAGGCUUUUAUAGGGCAUAUUGCCCUUCCUAUUAUAGCACGCCACCUCAGUAUCAAGAUCUCUGUUAUCCACCUACGUAUACCCAUCCUCACGCUCAUCCUCCGCCGUACUACAAGUACGCGCCAACUUACAGAAGAUUUCUUUGUAGGCAGUACUAUGGGUAUCAGGAAUCUGGUGGAGGCGGAGGACCGGGAGGUGGAGGCACGGCUGGUGGUCCUGGAGUCGUUGACUAUCAACCACCGCCACCGCCACCCGGAGAAUAUCCCUUACCUCCGUAUUACGGGGGUUACCCUCCACCACCACCUCCGGCUAAUCCAGCAUAUCUUCAUUCUCAGGGAAGACCUUUCGUAGACCACGCAGCCUUCCAGGGUUGUCCGUGCCCGAUGCAGUCAUGUCCAAAAAACGUGGAUACUGGGCCCCUUAUUGGUAAUGGUAAGGGAGCGCCAGUGGUAUCGGGGCCCGGUCUGUCAUUGCCGCCCAGUGCUUUGGUAGGUCCGCCCUCGCCAGCGAGGGGGCUAGCCGGGCUAGCGCCACCUCAUGGUGCCAAUGCCUGGGAUACGGAUCGUGUCCAACUCAACACUUUACGCAACCUCAAUCAAAGCCAACCGGCUGUUCCACCGUCUCAUAAUCUCGUCGGUGGUCAUAAUCGUUCUCAGAACCCUGACUGCAGGAGCAAGGACGAGAAGAAUUGCACCGAGGACAAGUUGAGAAAGUGUGCCUGUCAGAAACACGGCUGCACAUCUACUUGCGAGGUCAAGAUGGAGACACUCUCGCCAAGCGAAAAGCUCACGGUUGGGAACUGUCCGAGCAGCAAGUUUCACGAAUUCAAGCUCGAGAACAAUAACGUUAAGUGCGAGUCCUGCAGCGUCGAGAUCGGGGAUAAUUUGAGUUGCGCGGCGAAUUGUAACGUGAAAUGUGAGUCGGACUACAAGUGCGAUAUCAUGAAGUGCGAGCAGUGCAUGAAAGAGAGCAAAAUGGCUAUAUUGGAGAUUGACAAGGAUUCGGGUAUUUUACUGAUCGACGAUAAGCUCGACGCUGAUCCGGACGUGAAGGAGGAACUCAACGACGUCGUGGUGAUAGGUAAUGAGAAUUGGAAAAAGCCGGAUUACGAGCCGACCGUUCAAGAAACGGUCGAAGAUAAGGAAGAGAUCCCGGUCGAAAAGAUUCCGGUUGAGGUUGAACAACCAAAGUGUCAAAAGGUAACCAAACGAAAAUUGUCGUUGGACAGUUUGUCGGAUGGGCGUAAGAAAAGGAAGGUUAGCAAGAGAACUCUGUCGGUUGGCUCGACUCAAGAUCUUAACGAUAAUACGAGCAAAGUGAUAGGACCGAUCGAGCCGCUUCUCGAUAAGGUGGACGGUGUCAACGAAGCGUGCAUUUCGAAAAAGAAACAGGCCAAGAAGGAGAGUCAGCAGGUACAGGGUCAGAAACGUAAAGCCGAGACUCCUAACAGUUCGGAAUCCGCGUCGAAAAAGUCCAAGUGUACGAAACAAGCGGCGUGUAAUAACAGCUUGACGAGUAAUUCGAAAUCUCCGGCUAGCGAUACUUCCAUCAUGGAGACCAUCGAUAAGGUUAUACAGCAGAGCUUGCAAAUGACCCAGAAGAAGGAUCGGAAGACAAAGAUUAACGAUAAGUCGGAAAAUAAAAAGAACAAGGGUACUAGUAUCUUAAAGAAGGUUGGUAAAAAGUUGGGCUUGGCUAAGGAAUUGGAAAAAAUAUCGAAGAUAGUAACGAAGAUCAGUCAGAGCAAGGGUAAAACUGAGAAAACGAAGGGAAAAACGCAGGACGUCAAAUCUAGAAGCAGAAGCAAGGGCAAAUCGCAGGAGACAAAGUCUGCUAAAGGUCAGGAUGCGAAAUCGAAAGAUAGCACGAAGAAAAACGAAGCAACGAGCAAAGGUUGUAAGACCGGUGGUGAGGCUAGCGAAGAAACGAAGAAGCCGGCAUUGAUCAAGAAGAAACGGAAGAGCGCGAAAAAGUCUAACGUAAAGAGAGCAACCUCCAAAAUCGAGGAUACCGUAGGAGGAAGCGAAAAUUUGUCGCUCGCUAGAAAAACAUUUUUAAAGCCGAAAUGGAGUAACGGCUGGAGUUGGGAGGGUGACGCUUUCGAAGCCAAAGUUUACUUAACGAACGAGGAGUCGGCUAUACGUCGGUGUUACGCCAGCAUGAAGCACGAGAGCGGCGAUGUCCUGAGACCCAGAGACUGCGUUUUACUUAAGAGUGGACCAAGGAAGGCCGAUUUGCCGUUCGUUGCGAAGAUAGCAGCGCUUUGGGAAAAUCCGGACGACGGUGAGAUGAUGUUUUCGCUACUGUGGUACUACAGGCCGGAACACACGGAACAGGGCCGCACGCAAUGCGACACCGAGGACGAGGUGUUUGCUUCUCGCCACAGAGAUGCCAACAGUGUCGCUUGCAUAGAGGACAAGUGUUAUAUUCUAACGUUUAACGAGUAUUGUCGCUACCGCAAGAAUUUGCGAAGAAUCGAAGAGGGUUUGGAGAGUCCCGGUUUAAUAGUUCCACCGGGGGACCAAGUAUAUCCGAGAAAGAAUCGGCAACCGCCGAUACCAGUACCGUCGGACAUGGUACUCUUCUGUCGGCGCGUUUACGAUUAUCGCGGAAAAAAACUCGUGAAGAAUCCUGGAUGACUCGAAUUCCUAUAAGAUACUUCGAAUAGGAACAAAUGGAAUGCACAAAGUUUGCGGGCCACAUUGAAACUGGACGCAGGUUUCCCCUCAAGCUUAAUUAGCGUCGUAUCGAGCGAUUCUUCUUGAUCUCUCUCUUUCUCACUCUAUCUUUUUCCUCUUUUAUUCACUCGUCAAUUUUCAAUAGGAUCCUAUUAUUUCAGUGUCAAUUUUAAAGAAACAUUUUUUCUACAUAAUUUCCUUUCGAAUUUCUCGCAAUAUUUUUCAAGAGUUUCUUUUUUUUUUUUUCUUUUUUUAUCCUUUCUAUAUUAUCAAAUUAUAUAUAUUCUCACGAAACAUACGUUUAAAUUAUUGCGAGAUGAUACAAAUGAGAUCACGAUGAAUCAUUCAUAAAAAAAAAAAAAAUAAAAAAAAAAAAGAAAACCUGACGAUAUCCAUUUCUAGAUUACGCGUCGAUCGAACGAUCGUUUCUAAGAUCCAACAAAAAA